AUGCUUUCUGGGGUGAAAUUCAUUCCUCGUGACCAGGUACAAGAUGAGGGGAGAAAUAAAUCAGACAGUAGGAGGAAAGAGGAUGAGAGCCCUAGGAAUAGCUCUUCCUACAGGAAGAGCUUGAUUCAUUCUCGUACUUUCUAUUUACCAUUUUGUUCUUUAAUUUCGCUUCAAUGGUUAUUAACACAUUCACUAUGUGGAUAUAUACGGGUUGUGGGAGAAAGGUGGGGUUCCCUUGGUGAGUUGACUGCAUCUGUUGCAUCAGAAGCAGCUGCGCCAGCCCGGGCUCAUUUACGUGCUAUUAAAAGUAGACAAAGAAGGGUAGCUGAAGAAAAUUCACCAGAUUCUCAAAAGCAUAUCCAAAGAGAUUCUAAAAGGGAUCGGCACCAUGAAAUGAAAGCACCUAAAGUGCAAGAUUCAUUAUCUUGGAGAAAGCGCAAAAGCCAGUUUGUGGUAGCUGAGGGAGCUGAGAUCGUUGCUGCUGCAGUAUCUAGCUUAAAUAAAUUUGCUAAUGACGGUAGCUUUAUGCGGGAAUUAGUCAGUAAGGUGAGCGAUACCUCAGAUGUAAGCACACCCAAUGAAGGAAAUGGAAAUGCAGUAGCAGUACAGAAUAAGAUGAGUGCAAACCAGUUGGCAGCCAAGGCUAUGCAACUUCUUUGA